UUGAAAUAAGUUUCUGAGAGGAUAAUUUGAGGCUACACAUUGACUUGAUUUUUUCUUUGAUAUCGCAGUGUGCAGAUUACUAUUAGCACUUACAAAUUAAUUUCACAGUUCACACAAUGCAAGAACAGGCUACAAUAGUUGUUUUGUUUGGAUAGCAGUUACCAUUUCUAACAUCCCAAAAUGGGUGGGACAACAUGUGAGUGACAUCUCUUUUUGUUUUCAGAAGCAUCUGUAAUGAGCCUUGUGGUUGCGGCUGUUCUAUGGGGCUGCACUAAUCCAUUCAUCAAAAAAGGAAGUUCAGGGGUAGAGGACAUUAGUGAAAAAUCUUCUACCAAAAAGUUUUUUAAAGAAAUUAAAUUCCUAUUGAGUAAUUGGAAGUACAUGACACCUUUCCUUUUAAACCAGAGUGGUUCACUUUUUUACUUUUUGGCUCUUCAAAAUACAGAAAUGUCUUUGGCAGUUCCAGUAGCAAAUUCCCUCACAUUUGUGUUCACUGCAGUUACAGGUUGGAUCUUGGGAGAAAGCUUACCCAAUGCCAAGACCGUGUGUGGCAUUACACUGAUAGUGUGUGGAAUAUCGCUUUGCUGUGUGGACAAAUUCCUCAUACAAAAUGAAGGAGGUGGUGCUGGAUGAAGCUAUGGUAUCAUUUUUGUAUUUGUUUCAUAAAUGGGACGGUAGAAAAUAAAAUAUUUAUUUACUGCA